UGCAAGAGAAAAAGAGUGAAGGAGAAAGACUAUGGUCAAGAAACGAAGUUGAAAGCUUGAAGCAUAGCAGAAAAGUUGAAGUAAAAUCAGUUCCACAAAAUGACACUGGACGAUGAUAGCUCCAUUUACGUUGGCGGUCUUCCCUACGGCGCCACUGAUGAAACUAUUCGCACUGUCUUCAAUUUGUAUGGUGCCAUUCUUGAUGUCAAGAUUAUCAAUGACCAACGUACAAUUGGGAAAUGCUAUUGUUUUGUUACUUUCACAAACCCUAGGUCUGCAAUUGAUGCUAUCAACGAUAUGAAUGGAAGAACUAUUAAUGGCCGUGUGGUUAAAGUUAAUGGGGUCAAGUCUCGUGGAGGUGGCAGUGGCAGAUCAAAUUUUGGGAGAGAAAGAGAACGUUAUUAUCAUCAUAAUGAUGAAAGGAAUGGAGAUUGGGAUCGUGGCGGCAGAGAUCGAGAGAUUCGAGACCAAGAUUAUGAUCGUGUCAGAGAUAGAGAGAUUCGAGACCAAGAUUACGAUCAUGUUAAUGAGAAAGAUGGAUACAGGAAUAGAGGCAGUGAUUGGUCCAGAGGUGGUGAUUGGACUCGACAGCAUCAGAGGUCUCGAGACCGUGAUAGGUCCCGCGACCGUGAUAGGUCUCGAGACCAUGAUAGGGAUAGGGAUAGAAGAGUCGAGCAUAUGCAAAAUUAUGAUGGUCAAGCUAGAGAAAGCAUGUUAGUCCGUGAUAGGUCCCGAGACCGUGACCGGGAUAGGGAUAGAAGAGUUGAACACAUGCUAGAUUAUGAUGGUCAAGCUAGAGCAAGUAUGUUAGGUCGUGAUAGAUCCCGAGACCAUGAUAGGGAUAGGGAUAGAAGAGUUGAACAUAUGCAAGAUUAUGAUGAUCAAGCUAGAGAAAGCGUGUUAGACCGUGAUAGGUCCCGAGACCGUGACCGUGACAGGGGUAUAAAAGUUGAGCAUUUGCAAGAUUAUGAUGAUCAAGCUAGAGAAAGCAUGCUAGAUCGUGAUGGGUCCCGAGACCGUGACAGAGAUAGGAGUAGAAGAGUUGAGCAUUUGCAAGGCUAUGAUGAUCAAGCUAGAGAAAGCAUGUUAGACCGCGAUGGGUCCCGAGACCGUGACAUCAUGGUUAGGGAUAGAAGAGUUGAACAUUUGCAAGAUUAUGAUGAUCAUAGAGAAAGCAUGUUAGAUGAUGAUUGGAAUCGUGAUGGUGAUAGGGCUGAAAAUGAACUAGAAAACAGCAGGGUACAGGGUGGAGAUGUCGAUAAAGACCGUACCUUAGAUGUGGAUCCAGACAAAAAGAAUGAUAGGAUUAGUGAUCCUGAUAAAAGUUUUGACGAACAUAAAAAAGAACAACCGAGGAGAAACAUCGAUUUGAAUGUGACAAAUCAAAAUAGUCCAUCAGAUUCUAAUGGGGACCACAAUGAUGAGGUAGAAGAUGAAUUAGAGAGGUCAAUUCAACUGCUUGAUCAACUAAAAAAGGAGGUUUCUAAGCUGGAAGAGGGAUUGGAAGAAAGAAGACUUAAUGUUAUGGAGUUACAAAAGCACUCUAAGAAAAUGGAGGAUGCAGUGAUUACUGCAAAGAAAAAAUCUUUAUAUCGCCAGAUGCAGUUGACCAAGCUGCAUGAAUGUUUUCUUCAAGUGCACGAUUCCACGGAAAGACUUAAAACCAGUGAAAAAGAACUCCAGGCUCUAGUUGAAUCAAUAUUGCUCGAGAGUGACGGUGAUGGUGGUCUUGGACAACUUACAAAUGGAAGUCUUGAUGGUAGAUAGUUGUUAUUAUUACCAGAAAUACCAAAAGUAUGAAACCAUUUUUGUACAAUGUGUUGUCUCUUUAAUUGCCUAGUGGUUUUUACUAUCUCACUAGCUCCAUGUAUGGUUAGAUUUAGCUUUGGUUGCUUUUGAAAUUCAUACUAUAUUGUGCGGAGAUUUUUUAUUUUUUUCACCGACAAGCAGUGCUAUAAUCUUUCGAUGUUCAGAUUGUCUGUAUGAUGCUUAAAAUAAAGUUUAGCACAUAGCAUCUUGAUAUGUAGAGAAAAAAAAGACUGGAUUGAUUAAAAAGUUCCUUUUAUUUUUUCCUUUUCAAUUCAA